CGACGGUAACGCGUCGGUCAACAACGACCCACCGACCACUCCGCUCCUAUACAUUUACAUUUAUUUAUCGUUUCGUAAAUAUGAGGACCCCAUGGAAUCUGCUGUGACCUGAGCCGGACAACCAGUGAAGAGGCGGGGCCAGGAGCUAGGACUCGACCCCUGCAACCUCAACUAGGUUAUUCUCUGAAUACUGCUAUGACUUACCGGUAAAGAUGUCAGUGUUUGUAGCUGGGGAAGAGGCUGACAACCCAUCACAGACACGAUGCCGUAAAAAAUAUGAGACAAAAUACAGUAUCAAAUAUGAAAGUGAAUAUGAAUGGGUUGGACCAUCAUCAAAAGGCGAGAUAUAUGCUCUUUGCCGAUGGUGCAUGGUAGACAUCUGCAUAAAGUCAGUGGGCGCUAAAGGUCUACGUGAUCAUGAGAUUACCGGACGUCACAAACAGAAAGCUAGUGAUCGUCCACCUCCACCACCUCCACCUCCACCUCAGCUUAAUAAUGCUGUGUAUCCUGUGUUGGAGGUUGAGGGAGGGGUUGAACAACAUGGUGAACUUCCUGGCUCGCCCCGACCUGCAACACCUCAAACUCCAAAUACUCCUCUAAGCCCUCAUGAGGAGGACUUGCCUCACCCUCAAACAUCAUUACUGGACUUUGGCACUCAGCUUCCAACAGCCCCUUCUGAUUCUGGAGCUUCCACAUCAUCUGGGGUGCCUCCUGCUCGUACCUCUACUGUUCAGCCAAAGGUUGGAGAGUCAUUGGUUAUUGAAUAUGAUGACCCAAAUGCAUGUAACACGACUGUCCUGCCAGCAUCAAAGGCAACAAAUGGAGGCACUACUUCAAUAAAAAGAGAAACAGAGGAGAAAUUCACUGUAAGCACAGAUGACCUCACAUGUAAUGUCUGUGGUCAGGAGUACACACAAUGGACACAGCUCAAAAAGCAUCUUGUGGACCAUAUUCUAAUGGCAAAGAAUUCUGCUGAUAAUAAGACUAAGGUAAACACACGAAGCAGAAGCAGGCCAUCAACUAACAAGAAUUUGAGUCGACCAUCUCGAGCUGUGCAAACGGCAACACAGAACCAGCAAAAACAGGAACCCGACUCUAAUGAAACGGCAACUACAAAACGGCGUGGGCGGCCUCCUGGUAGCCGGAAUAAAGCUCGCACCAUCUCGACCAACCCACAAGUGAACCAUGCAGCACCAAAAAGAAGUGCCCGUCAACGUACUGUGCAGAAGAAUAACCCAGUCCAGGAGGCUGCUAUUGAUGAUCCCUUGUAUGAGGAAUCUGAUGCUUGUGAGAUGACUCUCACUGCAAGCCAUGUAACCAUUAAGGAACAUGAAGAGGAAGAAGAUUUAGAAGAGGAAGAAGCAAGUGAAGAAGAAGCAAAUGAGAUCCCUGGUUGUGAGGAUGAAACAGAUGGGUGUGGAAAAAGGAAACCUGGUCCACUUCAGUGUCGUGUUUGCCGUGUAGUUUUCUACAAUAGAGGGGAACUGAGAGAGCAUCAGCGAUCAGAGCAUAAUAAUGGGCGACCAUACCAAUGCAGCCAUUGCCAGAAGUUCUUCACCACCAAAAAUCACAUGGAGGUCCAUGUUCGACACAAGCACACAUCAGGGCCAAACCCUUGCCAGUGUGCAAUGUGUGGCAAGGUUCUCUCCUCUCGAACAAACCUCAGAAUACACAUGCGAAUACAUAAAGGAGAACGUCCAUUUGAAUGCCCUGUGUGCCAUAAAACGUUUAGUCGAAAGGCCAACAUGGAAAUGCAUCUUGUUUACCACACGGGAGAACGACGAUUUACGUGUGAAAUUUGUGGUCAGUCCUUCUUUGCAAUCAAUGCUCUCAAAAGGCAUACGAAAUUACAUACAGGUGAACGGGAUUAUGCAUGUGAAAUCUGCGGUGCUACCUAUGUAACAGGAACUGACUUGCGUCGUCAUCGUUUGAAACAUGAUGAAAUUAAGCCCUUUCCCUGUCAGCUUUGUGAAAAACAAUUCACACGUUCCCAUGACCUUAAGGUACAUCUGAGGUACCACAACAAAGAACUUCGUUAUACCUGUGAUGUAUGCAACAAACAGUUUGUGGAAUCGGGCAACUACAAACGGCAUAUGAGACGCCACACUGGGGAGAGACCCUACACAUGUGGCAUUUGUCUUCUCACAUUUUCACAGGUUCAUCACUUGAAAACCCAUAUGAGAACGAACCACAAUGAAGAAACAGGUGGUGGGGAAGACAGUUCUCAGGGAACCACUGGUGGACGAGGAAGAUUACCACCACACCGCAACCCUCGGAUUUCAUGCAGACGUAUUCCAAAGCCUCCACAAAUGCAACCACCACCUAUUCAUCCAACCCACAGCCAUCCCCAUCCUCAUACCCAUCCACACUUGGCACCCCACCCUCAUGGAGUAGGUACUGGCAAUGCUGGAGUGGCUGUACAUUCUGGUCAGCCAAUAUCUCCACCUAUGGCUCAUUCUGGUACUGGGCCUGGGACUGUUGCACCAACACACACCACGCAGAUUCCUGCUUCAGGUGGGGUAAACCACCCAGCGGCCAUGUCAGGCUUCCUUCAUGGGUACAACUCCCACAUAUAUAAUCAUAGUGUGAUGCCACAUUAUCCUGCUCUCUUUGAUAUGUGUCCACCACAGAACUGUGUUAAUCAUCUUCAAACACAUUAAUAAAUUGGUAUUGUAUAUAAAUCAAUUAUUAAAUUAUUUUAGCAUCAGGGGAUAGGUAAUCAGGACAUACAAGGAAGGGAAGGACAGAUUCAGCUUCUUGGCUUAAGAGCCCCUCACCUGCAUCAGGGUACCUCUUGUGAAGGGAUUAAUUCUUGUACAUCAUUGUUAUUAGAUUUCUUAAUUGCAUUGUUUUGAUAUUCCUAAUAAUCCUGAAAAGUCAUAUAGUAAUGUAUAUUUAUUUUUUCUCCAUCUAUUUGUAUUCCUAAGAGGGACUAAAAACAAUCAGGCUCUCAUGUGAAAUAUCUCUGAUAUACAACACCUUUUGACAGUUUGAGUAAUCAUUUGACUUUUAUGAACUAAUACUGUAAUGUUUAUAAUAUACAGUAUGUCCUAAAAGGGGGUAGGAGAAUUUCAGUGGGGAACUGUAAAUGGUAUUAGGUCAGGUGUUUGUGAGAGAAUUAGAGCUAAGGAAGAAGUAGCAGUGAUACUCAGUGAUCAUUUAUGGAAAGAAAAGGGAAUUACAGUGGAACCUCGUUUUUUUUAUGCCCUGGUUUUCGUAGAAUUUGAUGGCUUUUUUUGUCUAAAUUUUGUCCCAGUUUUCAUACAUCCGCUCGGUUUUCGUAGAGUUAACAAUGGUCCACCGUACCAAACCCGUCCACCUGCCCGCACCCACACAAAGCAUCCCACACGCUCUGACUCAGUCUGGGUUUGUUUCUUGUUAAGUGAGCAUUACCCCGAGCAUUCGGAUUACAUUUCGUAAUGAUCCAUUGUUUUUUGUACUUGUUUAUUGAGUGCGACUGUUAAAUAAGACAUCAUGGGGCCAGAGAAAGUUCCAAGUGCCAGCACUUUGAUAAAGAAGGUGAGAAACACGAUAGAAUUCAAAGUACGAAAGUAGAAAGUAGCAAAGUACAAAAAUGACCGCAGUUGAGAAAAUUGCUUCAGAGGAGGAGGAAGAGAGAGGGAAUAAUGUGCCUUCUUCAGUGAUUAGGGACAUGUGUGCAAAGUGGAAUGAGUUGCAAAGUUUUGUGGAGAAAUAUCAUCCUUAGAAAGCUGUUGUAAGCCAUGUCUGUAACAUGUUCAAUGUCAGUGCCUUGUCCCAUUUUAGGUAAAUCUUAAGAGACGCCAGAAAUGGACCUCUCUGGACAGAUUUUUUGUGCGACAGGGGUCCAGUGGCUUUCAGGCUGUAAUAGUGCCAGUAAAAGAAGGGAAGUAACCCCAGAUAGGGCCUUGAUACCUGAAGUCUUUAUGGUGGGGGAUUCCUCUUCCAAACAAUAACUUCUCCUCCCUCUUUGGCUUAGCGCUUCUUUUUGAUUAUAAUAAUAAUAAUAAUAAUAAUAAUCCUCCCUCUUCCUUCCUUGCCAUCUUCCAUAUGACAACAAGAGUCUUCAAUAAAGGUAAAAGUGAUGUUAAAUGUUCAUUUAUCCAUAUCAUUAGUCAUUUAUAUUUAUUUCUCAUUGUUUUCUGUAUGUAAAACUAUAGUUAUUCUCUAUACAAUGUAUUUUUUGUUAAUAUUUUUGGGUGUCUGGAAUGGAUUAAUUUGAUUUACAUUAUUUCUUAUGGGAAAUAUUGCUUCAGUUUUCGUACAGUUUGGUUUUCGUCAGACUUUCUGGAACGAAUUAAUCACGAAAACCGAGGUUCCACUGUAUGUCAAGUCCAUUAUUGACAGUUUUUUCUUAUCAAUCAAAUGUUUUCUGAAAUUUAUGUAACACUAAUACUAAUCUUGUGUAAAAUACCUAAUUAAACAUUUGAAGGGAAUAUUCAGUGUACAUUUGAAUCAAGAAAUCUACUGUUUCUGCGAAAGUACCAGCUCAGAUUAAACCUCAUAAUAUUUGACAUUGAAUAUUUGGUCACCAUAUAACUGAUGAUCUACUGUAAUUAUAAUCUGAACAACUAAAAGUAAAUAGAGAUGUCCCUCACUUUAAGAAGCUCAGAGGCCAUAAACAACUGUACAUAAGAAUCUGUGAUAUGCCUGAUAAACCAUAGCAAUUGCAUGUGGCAAAUUUUUAUCACUUUAUACAUAAUUAUGGCUAAGAAAUUGGACAUCACGUAAUAUAGAAGUCACAUACUGUGUAAUAAAUCUGCAUAAAGCAAAGGAAAUCUGUGCUGUAUUCACAAACAACCACCACUUACAGAGGAAACUGUAUUAAUACAAUUAAUAACUGCCAAGUGUGGUAGAAAGCUCAAUGACUACCUGGGUAACCUACUUACCUUGCAUCAAGGAUGACCCAUACUAUUCCACUUUAGACCUCAAAUGACCUAAGCAUUUUGAAGACACUUGUAAGGUAUACAUAAUACAGUAAACCCUUGAUAUAACAGACUUUCAAUAUUAUAAGCAAAACACUGGUUAAGUUGUACUUUUAGCUCCUUUAUAUUUGAUGUUUAUUGCAGUAUAUCUGUAAUCUGUGUGUUGAGUACUAUAUUAUGUAUACAGUUGAGGACUUAAGUGCAUUUUUUCCUAUUUUUAACAUUAUUCUGAUUUAAUGGACACUCAAUCCCCACCCCCAUUAGUCUGUUAUAUCAAGAGUUUACUGCAUUUCUAAGUGUAUUGUGACGUAAUGAACUCAAGGUGUAUUUCAGCGUUAAUUUCAUCUUGAAAGUGUUCUGUGAUAUUUAAUUUUAUAAUUAGCGUUAGUUCCCCAUGGAUCUUGCAAAGCAUCCAUGAUUGUAAAUUACAUCUCUGCCCAUCUCAGGAAAUAGCUUGUAUAUUUAUUUAAAAUUAGUAAUUAUCUAACACGAUAAAUUCUUUUCAUUGUAGUCAUAUUAUUAUUUAUAUAUAUUGACUGUCCUCAAAGCAAAUAUUUAAGUGUUGAACUCAUCAUUCUCCUUGCCUUUUAUUCAUGUGUCUGUAUAUCUUUAAUAUGUUUAAUUACAUUUUAUU